AUGCCAGUGAAUGUGUUACCACCAGCACACAUACCGCUCGCACCAGAGUUAACCAUGUAUGCAUUUCCCGACAAACUUGUUACCACUGCCUGUCCGCUUAAACAGCAGCAAGCAGAUGUGCUGCAAGAUGAAUCGGGCGUAGAAAUAUGUGGAAUAUAUUCGAAAACAUAUUGUCGAUUAAGUAACGAAACAGCAUCAUCAUCAUCAUUAUCUGAAUAUUGUGUUCAAGCAGUGAGAUCAAGUGGACAUGCAUAG